AAGGAGGAAACAGGUGAGAGGCUGAUGGGUUGUGAUGUGUAGAAGGAAAACUUGUGUAGGAGUGAACUUUCCAUAAUUGAAAAUAGGGAGGGGGGAGUUUUCUGCUGCAUCAUUUCUUAUUUUCAGGGAGAGAGCAGGAAAUGCCGUCCUGCAUUUAGCAAUGGGGAAAACAUGAUUUCUGACAGAAGAGUUGGAAAUGGUCGUUUAAUAGCAAAGGUAUGAAGAUAAGGCAUAUGAUGUUAUCUGAGAUGAUGUGAUAGAAGAUUUGAUUGGUUGUGGCUCUUCCUUCUGCAGUUCAAGGCCAUUAGCUCCACCCUCUACAGCUUUGGAGGGGAGGGGCUUCCUUCAAGUAGGGUGUCAUGACCCCAUCAGAGUCCUGUUAGGAGAAGGAGUUGAAACUUCCAUGGUGCAUCUCUCUGUUUGGGAGAGGCCAGGGGCUGAGGGCGAUGCUGUCCCAGGCCCCUCAGGCUUUGGGAGAGGUGGUUGACCAGACGAAGAGCUGCCUGCCUUCACAGACACAGGGGAGGAUCAGGUGCUGGCAGACUCUGGUGCUGAUAGGGGGCAGAUCCCCUCUGAUGAGAACAGCUGCCUCCCCCACUUGAUCCAAGGGCAUGGAGAGAGGAGUGUAGGCAACCCAGGCUACUCUAGAGAAGGUUGCCACACCCCUCCUCACAAGGAACAGCUGGAGAGGAUUGACUUAAGGAGAAGCCAUGGGGAGUUAGCCUUUGCCAGGAACAAUUAAUUGUUUGGGUUUACAAUCCCCCCCCCCACUUUGACUCGUGCCUUUUGCCUUGCCUUCAGGACUGCUUUUCACCUUUAUUUUUUAUUUAUUUGAUUUGAUUUGAUUUCUAUACCGCCCUACUCCCGAAGGACUCAGGGCGGUGCACAGCCAAACAAUAAAACACAUACAUACAAAAUUUAAAAGUAGAAUAAAAUCAAAUUAAAUAAUUUUGGCCCCGACAAAUUUAAAACCCCAAACUUUUUAAAACCAAUUUAAAAUUGAAUGUAUAAAAUACUAAAAGAUAUUUAAAAAUUAAAAAUCUUUUAUAAAAGAGGGAGAAAAUUAGGCCAGGCCCGCCUGGUGAAAUAGUAAAGUCUUUAAAGCGCGGCGGAAGGUGCGCAGAUCCGGGAUCCUCCGUAUCUCUGGGGGGAGCUCGUUCCAGAUAGUGGGUGCCCCCACAGAGAAGGCUCUCCCCCUGGGGGCCAACAGCCGACAUUGUUUGGCUGACGGCACCCGGAGGAGUCCCUCUCUAUGAGAGCGUACUGGCCAGUGGGAGGCUAUUGGUGGUAGUAGGCGGUUCCAUAGAUAACCAGGUCCUAAGCCAUGAAGCGCUUUAAAGGGGGUAACCAAAACCUUGAAGUGCACCCGGAAGACCACCGGGAGCCAGUGCAGCUCGCGCAGGAGAGGUGUUACGUGGGAGCGCCAUGUCGCUCCCAUUACCACCCGCACGGCCGCACUCUGUGCCAGUUGGAGCCUCUGGGUGCUCCUCAAGGGGAGCCCCAUGUAGAGAGCGUUGCAAUAGUCCAGGCGGGAGGUGACGAGGGCAAGAGUGACCGUGCGUAACGAGUCCCGAUCCAGAAAGGGACACAACUGGCGAAUCAGGCGAACCUGAUGAAAAAUCCUCCCGGUCACGGCUGUCAAGUGGUCUUCUAAAGACAGCCGUGAUUCCAGGAGGACGCCCAAGUUGCGUGCCCUCUCCGUGGGGGCCAAUGAUUCGCCCCCAAUAGUCAGUGAUGGCACCAACUGACUAUAUCGGGACGUCGGAAACCACAGCCACUCGGUCUUGGAUGGGUUGAGCCUGAGCCUGUUCUUCCCCAUCCAGAUCCGCACGGCCUCCAGGCACCGGGACAUCACUUCAAGGGCAUCGUUGGGGUGGUCUGGGGUCACCUUGCCUUGCCUUGCUUGGCCUGGAGAACGGCCUCCUGCCUUGUGCUUUGUCUUUGCCCUGAGAGCUGCCUUUUGUCUUGUGCCUUGUCCUUGCCUUGUGGACUAGAGUUUGCCUCGUGGACUUUCUUAGUCAGGUGGGCUGGACUUGGGACUCUGGAUCUUGCCUUGCGAGCUGCUCCGACUCUGUGGAUGUUCUUUGUUCUAUAUGGGCUGUUGUCUGGGGGACUGAGGGUGGCUGCUUUCAGGGUAGCCUGGGGUGGGGCCUUACCAGUGGUUGGAGGGUUGUUUCGUAGAACAUUUACUAAAGGACUCUCUACUUGCCUCCCUUGACAACCUGGGUCAUAACAGAAGGUCCUUCUGUCUGUUUCAGAGAAAUGAGGGAUCAGGUUCACCAGCUGGGUCAUAACAUGGGGGCACUUCCUGGAGGCCAAUGCUCCCAUUGCUCAGCAUCUCCACUUCGGGAACCCAGGAUCUGUCUAAUGAUAUGCUUCCUUUCUUUAGCUACAGUUUGGUGGAUUCCUGUGGUGAUGGUGGCUGCCAUCAUCUUGGCAUGUGGGAUUCUCUUCCUGAGUUGUAUAAAAUGCCCGUUUGGCGCCCAUGCACAACACUUGCCCCUGAGCGCGCUGGUUCUGGACAAUGUCUCCCUCGGAUCCCUCCCUCCCUCCCUCCAGGGACCCUGGAAGACCCCAAGGGAGCAGCGCUGUUGUCUCUCUUCUUGGCGGACCCGGACGGGCCGGAGAAUUUUAGCAGAGUUGGAUUUCUUUGUGCAUCCGGACGGGGCCCGAACUGGGGCAGCGCCUAAGCGACUUGUCCUUUGGGAACGGCAGGUGUCAUCGGUUGUUGGUGCACGGGGGCGCCUGGUUGGAGGGCGAUGCUGGUGCACCGGGCACCCCUUUUGUUCUUGGAAGCGGCGCUGGGGUCCUUCCUGCCGGACCGGCAUUGCGACUCCGCCUCACACUCCCUGUGCUACUUCUACCUGCAACUGCCAGAGCCCAACCAGGGGCUUCCUCAGUUCUCCAUUAGGAGCUACCUGGAUGACCAGCCCAUCGCUCGCUAUGACAGCCUCACUGGGAAAAUGGAGCCUCUGGUGCCCUGGAUGGAGGAGGUGGAGAAGGAAGCCUUUCUUUCUCCUGAGUGGGUCUUCAGGACUGACCCGAAGUUAUCAAAACGGGACCACCAGGCUGAAGGGCUUCACACCUGGCAGGUGGUUUUGGGCUGUGAGCUCAUGGAAAAUGGGAGCAAAGCUGGAUUUUUACACUACGGCUAUGACGGGAUGGACUUCAUCAGCUUUGACAAGGAGACCCUCAGAUGGAAGACAGCUCAGCCCCAGGCCCAGAAGGUCAAGGAGAAGUGGGAGGAGGAUCCAGGAUGGUCUGAGAGAAGCAAAUUCUUCCUGGAGGAGACCUGCAUUGAAGGGCUGCAGAAAUACCUCUCCUACAAGAACAAGACUCUGCAGAGAAUCGAGCCCCCAGUGGGGAAGGUGACUUGUAAGGUGGUGAAUGACAGCCUGGAGGUCCUCAUCUGCCAGGCCUUUGGCUUCUACCCCAAGGAGAUCCGGGCCACCUGGACAAGGGACGGAGAGGUCUGCCAGUAUGAGACCCUCCAUAGGAACGUGGUCCCCAACUCAGAUGGGACCUAUUACAUCUGGCUCAGCAUUGAGAUCGACCCCAAGGAGAGGGACCGUUUUCAGUGUCACCUGGAGCACGAGGGCCUGCAGGAGCCCCUGGUGUUGAGUUUCAAGGAGGAAUCAGAGUGGUGGAUUCUUUGGGUGAUUAUGGCUGUCUUAGUUUUGGGAGCUGGGAUUCUCUUCCUGAUAGGCUGGUUGUGGAGAAGACACAGGAAUAAUCUCUACGUGAAAGUGACAACCUGCUCUGUGUAUAGUACAGAAGUUGAGAUUCAAAACAUUGUUGCCGCACACUAAAUUAACAUCAGAGCACAAGGCAUCCUGUGGAGUGCAAAGGACUUGGAGUGAUCCAGAAAUCCUGCCGUCAUUGUGCAGGCAAGAAGUAAAGCUGCCUCCAAUGUGGAAAACCUGGAGUGGGAGAGGCCUCUCUGGCUCAAAACCCAAACCAAGACCAACCCCAAGUCCAAACCAACUAAAACCCUCCAAAUCAUCCUAAGUAAACCAAAAGUCCCAGCAGCUCAGAAGACAAAAACAGGAUUCACCUACAACGUGACUGGUUGGGAGGGGUAGCGUCCGAAAAGCAGACCUAUGAGCUGCGUUAUUUCCAGAUCAGUCAUGAUGAUGAAGGGUCUGAAGCUGAGGAAUGAUGAGUUUUUAAAUGGCGCAUCAUGUUCCUGAACGAACAGAGUAUACACACUAUCAACUGCAUUAGCUUAUUACCAAGCUUAUACUGUUUUAUAACUAAGCUAAAUUUGGAAAAAAAGCUGCAACAAAAGCUAAAAUUUUUAGAGGACAAUAUGCUUUUGAACUUUUUUAUCUUGUUUUUGGAAUUUAACAACUGGAGAAAGUGAAUGGAUUCUCCGGGACUUUACCUCCUGGAAGCACGAAGCCGAGAACACCAGCCUGAAGAUGACGAAUGAGACUUCGUUGAAACGUCGCCAAGACACUUCCAAUUUUACGUGGGAGAAGACCCGAAUAACCAAAGACCUACAUAUAUAUAUAUAUAUAUAUUUGUCUAUGUAAGUUUUCACGGGUAUAUAUGUGUGUAUAGUUAAUACUUCGGGUUUCUUCCCGUGUAAUUGUGGAUAUAUCCCUAAAAGGGUAGAAGUGACGUUUCGACAGAAUCUCAUCUGCCAUCAUCAGGCUUAUGUGAAGGGUCUUUUGCUGUAACUGCCGUUACUAUUUCAAAUCUGGUGCUGGUAGUCUGGGAUGGCUCCACCUUUUCAUUCUGAUUGGUUGGGAGUCCCAGUUUGUAUUUAUUGGCUUGGCUUCGGGUGUAUGGUCGGUUUUUCUCCACCAGGUGGCAGGGCUUCAUCUUUGUGGCUGGUUUGAAUAUGAUUUGGUUGGGACUUGUGACAAAAUAUGUCUUUUGAUUAGUACUUGAUCUAUGUUUUAUAUUUGGUGUUAAGAUUCAUCUAUCUAUGAGAGCAGGUUUCCAAAUAGUAGGCAGACGUGAAGUGUCAUCCCAUUUAUUCAUGCAAUAUGGUCUUUUCUCUAUUUCAAUUGCCUCUCUGAUUAUUCUGCCAUUGAGAUGUUCUAUUUUUGCAACUGGUUUUGUGUUAUUAAAAUUAAUAUUAUGUCCUGUUGUAUUUAUGUGUUGAACUAAUGAUGAUGUGUGUUCUUGCUUUAGUAUUGAGUUUUUGUGUUCCUCGAUGCGCACACUCAUUCUUCUGUUGGUCUGUCCAAUGUAUGUUGAUGGGCAGGAAGCACACAGGAUUUCGUAUAUGCCUUGGUUUUCUA